AUGAACGGCCAGGCCGGUACGUGAUGCAUAGCGAGGACAGGGUAGGUUCGGGUCUGUAGAACUGGUUGAGUGAUGAGACUGUUAGCCGCGGUCAUACUGGUAGAUGGGACGUUGUAAGCGUUGAGGAUAGAAGUGUUGUCGUGCACGUAAGAUGUGUUUAGGAUAUCGAUAAUGCGGUAAACUCCGCUUUGGAGGGUGUACACUUGGCCAAAUAGACUCAUGCGAUGAGUGAGUGUGCGUGUACUGAGCGGGCAGACGAGGUGGGUGCAUGUCGGAGUUCUAGGCACUGGUGUACUGGUCAUGGUACGGUAUAUUUGCAAGUGACCGACCAGACCGCUGUGUAAAGUGAAUAUGCGAUCACAACGAGGACAGGUUGAGACCAAGUUCAUAUCUGUGGAGGUGGGGUUGGUGUUGAUGGCUGACGGGCGUCAGGAGCAUUUCGGUCGGCGACAGGAGUAGUAGACAUGGUAAUCUUCGUUGUUACCGUGCUGAUUGUGGAAGAGAUGAUGGAGGUGGCAUGGUCGACGUUGGUGGGACACAGGAAUUCGGAGCAACUGUGAUUAGGGUCGACGCCGUCCUGAUUGGUGUGGGGCAGUCGUGGAGGCAGCAGUUGGGGUAGUCUAGCUGUCCGGACAAACGGCUUAGCUCGUAAAUAACGAUGCACAAACGGGCAGUCUGGAGAGACGUCCCAUCGUUUCAGGUCUUUGCUCACAACCUGGUGGAAGGCCACGAAUUCAAUUUUGCGACCACUCGGAUAAUGGCGCGAGACAGUUAUAACACAAGAUGAGAACGCCUGAAGUCAUGGGUGUCUGACAACAACUCCAUCAACAGACGCGUCGAUAUGCCCCCUGCUAUUGCGCACUCUAAGUGGGGAGACCCGGUUCCCAGACAAGGGUUCACGCAGUUACGCCACCUUGAGAAGGCGUGGAUUCAGGGUCCGUUUUCCAAGCUCGACGAACUGAGACUACAGGUGGCCAAUAGGUCUCCCGACGUUAGAGCAAUAACAGAAACGUGGCUGUCACCGAACGUAGGUGGUUGAGAUGUAGAACGGUCAAGAUACCAAUUGUUUAGGAGAGACAGGAGUGAUCGCCAGGGCAACGGAAUUGCCAUGUAUUCAAAGAGCGACUUAACAGUAUUUGAAGGGACCGACAAGAUUGCAAAUGACACAGCGGCCAGUUCGCUGACAAUAAAGUCGCGAGUUUGUAGUCCCUCAAAGUCAUAACUAUCUACCGACCUCUACGGACGGACCCCGACGCAGAUGUAGGAAUUCAAGGAACAAUUUGUAAAUUGAUCAGGAGUUUUCUGUCCUCCAGAGUACAAGGAAUCGUCAUUGGUAACUGUAAAUCAGGAUAGGCAAAUGUGGAAAGUGGCGUCCCUCAGGGUUCUGUCUUGGGCCGUGUACUCUUCGUGAUUUAUGCUAAUGACUGCAUCAUCGAAGUGAAGUGCGAGGGCCUCAUGUCCGCGGAUGACAUAAAAAUAUGGAGUGAAGUCAAGUGCCAUGAUGACGCAGAGAAGUUUCAGUCGAACAUUGACAAACUGUGUACCUGGUCGAACAGAUGGCUUUUGAAGUUAAACGUGUCCAAAUGCGUAGUCUUACACCUGAACACAGGCCGCAAUGCCUCUCCCAAACACCUGUACUAUAUUGACUGGACGAGGUUAGAACCUGUGGAAAGACACAGAGAUCUGGGUGUAUGGACGAUCACAAAUCUAUCGCCAUCAGAACACUGUAGAAAGAUGGUCCAGAAGGCGACUAGUACUAUACACUGGAUCAGACGUGCAUUUAAAAUAUUUCCUCCCGAACUCUUCGAAAGACUCUUUGGUGUCUUUGUAAGACCUCAUCUAGAGUAUGGAAUGCCAGCAGCUUCACCAUGGAUGAGGAAGGAUAUCAACUUACUUGAACAGGUGCAACGCAGAGCGACAAAGAUGGUCGACGGUCUGAAACAAUUGUGUUAUCAGGAGAGGCUGAAUUUGCUUGGCUUAUUCCCUCUCUCUUAUAGACAAAUAAACUACAGUCUACUUUGGACGUUCAGUAAUGUCCGCGGCCAGAGUUGCUCAGUAAGAACGGAGGACUUCUUUGAGUUUGCCGUACAAACAAACAACGCGGACAUGCCUACAAAGUCAGGAAUGAGCGCACACGGUUGGACUGUCGAAAAUUUUCAUUCAGUCAGUGGGUUGUCCGACCGUGGAACUCGCUUCCAAGCGAGAUGGUGACGACUGACACAAUUGACAUUUUCAAAAGAAAACUUGCUCGCCUAGUUUUUAACAGAAAUCGGCUUUUAAAACAUGACUAUGCACACCCAGUUUUGUAAAACACUGUCACAUACAAUCCUUCCGCACUAAUGUGAAGUGACCUGAUGCACUUAGCUACGAUUACGAUUGAACGGUGACCCGAUCACAUUGUAAAUACCAGCGAUUUUAUUUUUGAGUACGAAUCUGCGAAAGCACUGUACAUAAAUAGGUUCAUCAAGGGUUCUGCCUGUAAUCCUCAAAAUAUAUACAUAGAUAUAUGUACAUAGGCAGCUCGCUAAGAGUGCAACAGGCCAGACGCAGACGGCUGUUUCAAGGUAUUUGCCGAUAAUCAGUACGUCAUAGGCCUUAUAAAGUGAGAUAUAUAAGCGUGUCAACUGAAGAGGCGACCUCGGGAACCAUAAAUAUAUAUGCAGAAUGGUAUUACCGCCACAGACAAGGGAGACUGGAUUGGCCAUUUCUGGCUUAUUAGCCGUCUUCAACCGGUCAUACCCAACCCCGAAGUGUGGAACACCCGCGGCUCGAACUCGCGACCUGUUAGUUAGAAGUCCACGCCUCUAACCAUUGGGUCACGAGCUCGUUUCCCUGUCGGUUUCGAUCGGGAAUAUACCAUGGUAGGGAGCGCUCACCGAUCGUUCAUAUGGCCAAAGAGGCGUAUUCAGAGGUCAUCGUACACUUUGAGAGUAACCACCCUGUCUCUCACAAACGGAGUACAGUCUACAGCCUUCUGAAUCGAGCCAAAACCCACUGCUCUGACGAAACAAGUUAUCGAGCAGAAAUGAAAUACCUCUACAAACUGUUCUCCCAAAAUGGGUACCCGCAUGACUUUAUACGUCAAUGCGUGAGGCACCAGCAACUCAAGGGAAAAGGUAUUUCCAAUGCUACGGCCACUCAGGCACCAAAACAAAUUACAUGGCGAACUCUCCCAUACGUUAAAAAUGUAUCUGAACUUGUCGAAAGACAAUUGAAAAAGUACCAGAUACACGUAGCACACCAACCGGCAACUACCUUACGCACACAGCUUGUGCACCCUAAGGACAGGGUCGGCUACCUUGAAAGAAAAGGUGUCGUCUACAAAAUCCCGUGUUCUAGUUGUGAUGCCGUUUAUUGUGGCCAAACUGGGAAAUCUGUCUCAACCCGUAUACACGAGCAUCAGUUAGCGGUGAAGAGACGCGACCAUCUAUCCCAGGUGGCCAUGCACACACUAGACACUGGGCAUAAAUUCGCAUGGAAGAACACUCGCACUGUUGGCGCCUGCCAAUCAAGAAUAGGCCGCGAAUUCCUGGAAGCAAUGCACUCAGAUGAGGCAUGCAUCAACCGGCAUAUCGAUUUAGAUGCCGCAUACAAAAUCGUUAAGGACAGAUUCAAACUGAGUCAGCCAAUCCCGAGAUGGCAACCUUAACCAAUCAUGGACUCCUUUAGCUAGACUCAGUCUAAAAGUUAAUUGUUUUUGCACACCCGUUGUCUGAAGACGAGCUGGGGAACCAGUCUCGAAAAUUCACAAUAAAAUUUUGCUGUUUCCCGAAGAACUUCACCUUUCUAAUUAUAUUUCUUGGGAUGCCUGUUUUUCAAUACAUACAUAAUAUAAAAAAGCCAGUGUCCCAUGUAAACUGAUGUCUGCAUUCAUUUUAUGUUGUAGUUUCUUAAUGUUGUUGUAAUUUUUUCGAUUUUCAUGUACAAAUAUGGAGUUCAAAAGUGUAAGCCUUUUCUCCUCAAAUGCACUUAAUUCUGAACGGAUCGCCAACACCAUGCCCUCCGCUCCUAUCACCCCACUUCUCUGUUUGACUACAGAACUGCUAAUUUGACGCCGCACUCUUACAGGCUUUGCUGAUAACCUCCUGCAAGAGACCGAAGGCUUAGACUAAUACACGUACUGUCCCAAUCAUCGCGCACAAAUCUUCUUUGUUAAGUUAAACUGCGAAGUGUGGUGCCAGUUUUGUACUACUGGGGCUGUCAGUCAACGGCAGUUAGUUGCAUUGCAAUUUCGCCUCAUGGCAUGUACUUAUCAUGAUUGUUAUGCUGGUUUUUAGUAUUCCCCGCCCGAAUUUAGGCUUUUUUACGCAGUUAUGGGGGCCGAGUUCCUCCUACUUAAGUGCGUGUCUUUUGUCUUGCGAGCGAGCGUUAUGCUUAUUAAUACCUCACAUUAAGCGUGCCUAGACUGACGUAGACCAAUUCAAACUCCGGAGUGAUUAAUGGAAUUUACACUCGAACUAGUGUUUUGAAAUCUCCACAAGGUGCGCCAGGUUUUAUGGAGUUUCUUAUAGUCUUCGUAAGCCCAUUUAUUGCUUUUAUUUCCUGUGGAAGUCUUGCUUGUAACACGCUCGGCAUAUCUGAGCUCUGGUGUGGUUGCUUUCUUUUUUUUGAAAUGCCUCUAAGCCCGUCGGAUGUCCUCCCGUCUGGGCAAUACUCUGCUUUUCUGCGAACAAGCUCGCUACUCCUGCACUAUCUACAUAGUUAACCUUCGUUAUCCAUUGACGGCGACCAACUGUUCACUUUAAUACUUUGACUCUGAGUCCGUAAGCCUAGCUGCUGCCUACCCGGCGUGUUCAUAGGUGGAGGAUAGUAGAACAGCCUUCAGCGAAGGUUAGGUGCGAACUAAGCACACUUUCGAAUCUGGCGAAUCAAGAUUCGCGGAUACGCCGACCACUUUCAAAAGUCCUGCAAAGUCCAAUUACCCCAUGGCGGCCGCAAAGUGCCGCCACAUAAAUGUGCCUGCCACCGCUGCCCUGUAUUUCGUUCUUGAACCAAAGCGUUAGAUGAGACAAAUAAUCGGAUCGUCGGUUGAGGACCCGUCUGUACUCAUAAUUCUCAAAAAACCAUGAAAAUAUAUCCGAAUAUAGUAUUACGACCCAUGCUCUGGCGUCCGCGCGAACCGACACACUCCGCAACUCUUGUCCAGUGGUGCGGGCGAAUAGUAUACGAGCUGGACUACUCAAUCCGGAACGGACCCUAAGUAUUAGCUGCUAGGAUGUGCAAACUUUUCUAAACCCUGAUGCCUAAAGUCUGACGGCGCACAGUCUCAAUCAGUACAAUGUGGGUGUCUGCCGCCUGUCUGAAUUCCGAACUCCCGAUUCUGGCGCUCGGUAGAUGAAAAUCCCGGGAAUCAACUCACACUUCAUCCUGUGCCACAGUGGCCUAAACGACUCGUCUGGUAAAGACGAUGUGGCGAUCACCUUCUUGCAUCAAGCGAACCGUGGACUACUUGCUUGGGAACCAGUCAGUGACCGCAUGGCCUAUGUGCGUCCAAGGGUUACUUUACGAAAAUAACUGUCGUCUCUAUGUAAGCAUCAAUUUCAGCCUCCGAACAGCGCGGCAAACACAUUGUCUACUCACAACCUCAGCCGUUAGUUUAAAAACUUCCUCGCCGUGAUGUGCUGAUUGUUGCCGUGAACUGGAGUGGCCGGACUGGACCUGGCGACUUCAAACAGCAAACUUAUUGACUGCUUUGUACUUAAUCCGCGAUGCGACAAUGGCAGCCAAUGAUGAAAUUUGCUCGAUAUAAUCGAAUAUUUGUUACCAGCACGUGCCUCCUCCAUUACCACAAACAUCUGCUGACUUAGUACUCAAAAACGGUCAUACGGCCGGUCAGGUCGAUUACAUUAUAAUCAGCUCAAGGUUCUGCAGCUGGGUUCACGAUAACAGAUCGAUGUGCGGUACCGAAACUGGCAAUGCUCGUGGGUCGGACUAUGUUCUCAUCCGCACACGCUUGAAAGUGAAUCUCUCAUCUGCACCCAAAACGCCGGCUUUUCUCAAGCCUUCGAAAGUGUCUAUGGGCCCGACACGACAUCCAUCGCCACGGAGAUUCAGAUGUUCCGUGCAUUCGUCCGGUCAGUCAUCCUGUGCGAUUGUGGAUGCCGGGCUGUGCGCGUGGAAGGUGGGCGAAAGUUUGAGGUAUUUGACUACCGCUGCUUGAAGACAAUCAUCCGAAUAAAGUACACUGACUUCGUCUCAAAUGAGACAGUCUGCAGUCGCUACGACAACAUCUCAAUGAUAUCUCGGGUCAUUCAAGAAGGACAACCUCAGUGGCAUGAACACGUUCUUCGUCGUCUGCCUCAAAAGCUCGGCGUUGCUGCCCUUGGAAUGACACCGUUAUCCACUCGGAGAUGUCGAAAAGGAAGUCAUAUCAAAGCUGGCCCGACAGUUUGUCAGGACACAGAGACGGUUCCCAGACCUUCGGUAUUUGGUCUGUGUCGCUGGCGAAGACAAUGGGUUGAGCUGUCCAGAUCAGUUGCUGUGGAUCGUGAGGCAUGGAGGGGUACAGUCCAUGACAUCAUCGAGGCCGGCUAGAUCAAACAUAAUCACAGCCGUAUCAAGUAACAAGUAAAUACAUUGUACGACUUCGCUCAUGCCUGAUCUAUCCUGACUAAAAUUUCAUGAUUCUUCUUGGAAAUAUUCGGUAUGAGCGGGUCUUCAACAGCUCUCCGGACUUCUUUUUCGAAACUCCAGCGUUUUGGCUUAUCGGGACUUAACCGAAAAGCACUAAUGAAGAGAAUCCGUUCAAUUGCGGUUGACGGUAGCCAUGUUGAAGGGGCGUUAUCCGGCCAUUCCAUAGGGCAGUUCGUGUGCCAUACCUCAUUACUAUGUGUUCUGCAGCUAUCCUUCACCGAAGGCUGUUCCACCAUCCACCAUCAUUAGAAGCGCAGGGUGACCGACAAGAAAGCUAACGGAUGGACUCUUUCCUGUCCACCUGGCUUACUGUGACUCCAGGGUCUGCCAUGUUGAUAAACUCCGUCUUUCACGCAGUUUGCAGCUGCUAAAACAACACUUGAACAAAUGCUGUGGGCGACUGCAAGGCCACCACUUUCCAUCAUUUACGCGCGCUUGGUACCGGUGAGGCGGAAUUCGCGCGAUCACGUUAGAAUAUCGACCAUGACAUAGGAGAAGCUGACAGGCUCGCCAGUGGCUAGAACUGUCACGAGUCCAAGUUAGUCGGAAAGUAGAACUGGAAGGUUGUAAGAUGUAUUCGAAAGUGACUCGGGUUUGCCACCGCACCAGCUGAGGUUUCGAGCCAGUGGUGUGUAACUCUGCCGUUUUAAGGGCUCUAUGAGUAAUUUUCUAUUCAGCUACUGAGAAAUAACCUCGGUGACUUCCUGCAUGCCAUCUCAAUUGAUUCUUCCACAGCUGAAUGCUGCGGAGAUCUUUCAGUUUCGUCCCGCGUUUAUGAGUGAGCACAAAAUACACCUAAGUAUGCAUACGGCUAAGGUGUCAGUUCGUCCAUGAUUUGCAGUGAAGUCUUAAUGGUGACUCACGUGAAUAGGAUUAUAGUGAAGUAGACAUUUCGUAUACAUCGCACUCGUUACGCGCCCUCCAUGUUCGAAUGGGCACAGAAAGCCGACAUGACUAACGCUUGUUGUGGGACUGCGGCCGAAUUCAACUCUAAGCAUUCCAUAUACGUGUUAGUUCCUACACGCACGCGAAGCACACUUAAGCACCCAAAAACCACAUUGAGACGGAGUCAUAGUAAUAAGACCCGCAUUCCGUAGAAGGGCCAAUUUAGCCCAUCAGCUUCAGUUUGCAUACUUUUUCUAACCACCAGCUUCUGACUCCGUCAAAAACGAGAGGUCUGGGCGAGCAGACUUGUGGUCACAAACAUUUUUUCAGGAAACAGUUGUCGCAAUCAUACGUGUCACUGUACUUUCUUAAGAUUCCAUCAGAUCUUUCUGAAACGUUCCGUCAGCGUAGGUCUUCAAAAUCUUGUUUUGAAUUUUAUUAACUUUCACCUCUCUCUCCACACUACUGUACUCCGAGGUCUUCAUGCACUACCAAAUCCCAUCACUGAUCGUGUAUAACUGCCUAUGUCUUAGUCGGACAAUUUUCCUCCCUCAAAAACUUACUGGCCCAAUUCUAGAUACUCAAGGAAGUGCGGGAGGGUUUCAUUAUUUUAGAACCUCUUUCCCCAAUUUAGUGCCUUCCCAUGUUUUUAUUUAUUUUUGAAAUGUGUAUUCAUAUACGAGGUACUGGAUGAGACUGUGGCAGCUUAAGAUUACGUUCUUUGUACCACUCGACUUUGGAUUGUUGCCCAGAUAUCUCGUUGCCUCUAAUACCAAGGGGUUAAAGGGAGUAGUUUCCGCAUUAAUUAGUCCGGUUGCACAGUACGAGUUCUAGAAAAGUCCUGAGAACAGGAAAACGACACCUUCAACCAUGAAUUAUAGUCAGAAUCUCUAGCGUUGUCACACAUUUGACUAGUAUCUGGUCGUGGGCACGGUUGCAGCCUCAAGAAAUGCCCUUUUUUCUAACUAACCUGUGUCGUAGUUUGCCAUUUGAUCACCGGGAAGAAUGGACGCGACCUCUUUUUUACCAUGCUUUUUGUGCUUAUUCAAUCUUUGCUCUUCUCUCCCUGGUUAUCGAAAAUGCAAAUCAUAAUUUCGCUUGGCGAAAACUAAACUAGUCUGUGUUUUUUGUAGAUGUACUCCACCGGCCGCGGCGGAUUUAAGCAGCUUCUCCACCCUUAUUAUAUUGUGAACAUAUUUCUUAGUUUUGCCUUCCCUUGUUGCAAAACUCUUCCUGGGUUAUGUGAAAUUCUCUUCAAUGACUGCACUUUGGACUUCCAAGAAUACGAAAUCAUAAUUUUCUUGGCAAGUUUCAUCACCAUCCGCAAUAAGCGACAAUUUUCCAUCACAGAUUAUGUCGCUCACUUCUGCAUGUACACCAAGUUAUGCAAUCUUUUCAUGUUUUGGCGUCAGAGCGUGACCUUCGCCUGUCUCUAUGGCAUUUUAUGGAUCCUCCAGUCUGCCUUCCUCUUCCAACCUGUGUACAAGGGUCCAGAGUCAGUCUUAUACUUUCGUCCGCAGACGUUUGAUGAGGUUGUGAGGCAUGGCGACCCUCGUGUCACUUGGAUUAUAGCCUUCUACACUGCCUGGUCGCCGGCCUGUAACGCGCUAGCUCCAAUAUUUUCCGAGCUCUCUCACAAUUAUGCGCUACCCUUCUUGAAGUUUGGCAAGGUCGAUGUGACUCGUUCACCCGAGCUAGCUCAUGCCUGCAACGUCGACAAUUCGACCUGGUCGAAACAGCUGCCCACGAUAAUCAUGUUCAGGGGAGGGAAGGAGAUAGAUCGCCGCCCGGGAAUCAGUUUGAAAACGAAGACACCGAUGAAAUUUGCCUUUUGCUGGGACAGCAUCAUAUCUGCCUUCUCCCUAAAUGACCUGUAUUCCCAGUGCAAAGGCCUUGGUUCGGAAAAGAAGGCGGGAGGAAGCGCACAAUCGCAAAAAAAGACCGAGUAG